AUGGCGGGCAACCAUUAUGGCCAACAGUGGCCGCAGAACCAAGCACAUCAAUACCAAUACGACGGCAGGGAUCACCAGCCACAAAGGCAAGAGGUUGGGCGGGGACAAGGCUCAUACAACCAAGGUUAUCAGGGCUAUAAUGACUACCCGCGGAGCGGCAACGGUUACGGGCCAGGUUCAGCACCAGCACCGCCACAAAAUAACGGAUAUGACCAAUGGCAAGGCCAAGAUCAGUAUGCCCGGCAAGGAGGUUACGACGGACCACAUUACGAAACGGCGAAUGGUCCUCCUCGACCUCGGCGGGAUCAUUAUGAUCAAGGACAACCACCCCAGGAUCGCCAGUAUCAGUAUGAUGAGCGAUAUCGCACCAACGGACAAGGCAGGCCACCACCCACGGGUCACAGCUAUGCUGAAGACCCACGGCCGCAAAGGGAUCAAUGGUCACAACCUUCAACGCCCCAGAAGAAGCGGUCCAAACCUCGUGAUCGUAUUCUCACUGAGCCGGCCUCGCCCAAGACCCUCGCUUGGGACAAUCCCUUUGGAGCAUUCAACGACCUGGGCAAACCGAAGCCAGUGGCGAAGGAGCAAAGACACCAAAGACAUGCAAGCCUCGAUCAGGCAAUGGCAAAUCUGAAGUUGGACGAGCGUCCUGGUAGCGGUGGGUCCGCACCACGACAACAGGCUCCCACAGUCCGCCAAAAAGAGGUUUCACGACCAAGCACUUCGCAUGACCGUCGCCCCGAUAUGGGGCGGUCUCCGCCGCUUCAGAGUUAUCCAAUGCCACCUGCAACAAACUCGCCGGACAUGCAUUUCCAGCAACAACCAAUACCUAGACCUCAGGAGAGGGUAGACAGUCCACGUAUGCGCCCGCCAGGACCACAAGGUCCGUUACGUGGUCCACCACCACCGAGUCAGCAGCCACAAUUGAGGCACGAUCGACCAGCUCCAGGCCCAGGUCCAAACCGGGUGCGAGAGGACCAGAACUGCCAACCAAGUCACGGGGCUCAUGGGAAUGACCGGCCUCAUGAACCGCUACGUCGCAACCGCACCUUUGACGAAGGAUAUGCCUCCGACUACAUUCCUCAAUCAAGAGCACAUGUCUCGCCCAUAGACUAUAUGCUUGCAGGAAAUCAAUACCAGCAAGCUCCCCAGCAGGACUAUUAUGCCGAUCCGUAUCGCAGUCAACCGCCUCCCAACCCCACUGUGCACAACCAGAGGGUGAGCAACGGUCUGCCGGACUUCGACUCCAUUCCGACGAAUGUCACGGAAAGGUCUGAAGACAAUUUUAUUGCCGGCCAGAAACCGUCAUUUGACCAGAACGUAUAUCGAAAACCAACCUAUCAGGUACCUGGUGCUUUCGCAGGAGAACCAGGACAAACUGAGCCCAGAGGAAUACAGCAGUCACCACCGAACCAAACCAACUCUCCACUGGCUGAGUUCUCAUUUGAUCUUCCUGUUAGUAAUGGACGCACCAAUGCUGCUAGGAAUGGAAAUCCUGCACAAGCGGCCAUGUAUCACGGAGGACACAAUGAGCAUAUUCCCGGCUCACGGGUGGCCUCGAGCAGAUAUGGGGAGAGGCAGCCUCAAGAAACACCCAGAUCACAAUAUCCACCUCGUGCUGCUAGCCGGAAUGGGAUGAAGCCUUCGGUGGAAAAUGUCGCUUCGCAGCCACCGUUGCCCAACAACGGUCAGCCGCAUCGUUCAUUCAGCCAAGAUAACUAUCCGCAGCGACCACAUACAAGCAAUGCACAACGGUCAACGCCUCAAAGUUACGAGAUGAUGAAUCCAUAUGAUCAAGGUUACACGAACCGAGCUCCUUCGGCGCCUGCUGCACCCGUACCAUUUCAGCAAGGAUUUGGUCCACCUGGGCAGAACAACCAAUACCAGCAAUCGUAUGGGCAAGGUCCUCCCAUGCGCAAGGCCUCGCAAGAUAAUUACAACCAGAACCAGCAAUUUCGCCAGCCGUUUGGCCAAGAUCCGGCCAUUCGACAGAUUCCCCCAGGCCCUUACGACCAGGGGCUUCCCAAACCAAAUGGAAACAGCUCUGCACACCCAGUUCCAGUUCGACACUAUGGACCGCCGCCAGAUGCCGAGACCAAUCCGGACGCUCUUCCAGCCCAUCCGGUGCCGAUCAGAAGUGGAAUGAACAAUGGUAAUGGCUAUCAAUCUACUCAAUCAGCGCCUGCACAGACUCCGCAACGGCGCGUUGUUUCGGAUUCGCCCCAGCCGGUAACCCUCCAAGAGCUGAAUAGCCUCCGGCAAAUGUACAGCAGCAACCCAGGCGACCAGGCUCUUGGAUUGAAGCUCGCCAAAAAAAUGGUCGAAGCCGCGAAAGUGCUCGCAGACGAGGAUGGAAGAGCGGACGUGAAGACGGCUCAAAAGAACCGCGAGAAGUACAUUUUCGAUGCGCACAAGGUGAUCAAGAAACUGGUGGCUUCCAACUACCCAGACGCAAUGUUCUACUUGGCAGACUGUUACGGAUCGGGGAUGUUGGGACUGGCGGUGGACGCCAAGGAAGCAUUUAUCCUAUAUCAAUCCGCCGCGAAGCUGAACCAUCCUCAGAGUGCCUAUCGAGUGGCCGUGUGCUGUGAACUGGGAUCUGAAGAGGGCGGUGGAACUCGACGUGACCCACUCAAAGCGAUGCAAUGGUACAAGCGAGCCGCAACAUUAGGUGACACACCGGCCAUGUACAAAAUGGGCAUGAUCCUCCUGAAGGGGCUCCUCAGUCAGCAGAAAAAUCCCCGUGAAGCAGUCUCGUGGUUGAAAAGAGCGGCUGAGCGUGCAGACAAGGACAAUCCACACGCGCUACAUGAGCUCGGUCUACUGUAUGAAGCGACGGCACCGCCAGACAACAUCGUCCGCGACGAGCGGUACGCAAUCCAACUAUUCCAGCAAGCUGCAGAACUGGGCUACAAAUACUCGCAAUUCCGCCUCGGGUCGGCCUAUGAGUACGGACUCAUCGGUUGCCCGAUUGAUGCAAGACAGAGUAUUGCCUGGUACACUCGGGCUGCAGCCCAAGGAGAACAUCAAUCUGAAUUGGCGCUGAGUGGAUGGUACUUGACCGGAUCGGAGCCACUGCUCACACAGAGUGAUACCGAGGCAUUCCUCUGGGCGAGAAAAGCCGCGAGCUCGGGACUUGCAAAGGCGGAGUACGCGAUGGGUUAUUUUAAUGAGGUGGGUAUCGGCACAGCCGUGGAUGUGGAGGAGGCGAAGCGGUGGUAUUAUAGGGCAGCUUCACAAAACUUUGCCAAAGCGCGAGAGAGACUUGAGGAGCUCAAACGAGGCGGUCCCAAGCAGCAAAAGACGCGCAUGUCACGAUCGAAUGUCAACAGGCAGAGCGAUGGGGAGUGCGUAGUAAUGUAG